AUGGCUAUCAGCGGGCGAUCCACGGUAAUUCUCGACGCACGCCACUCUUGUUUUGGUGUGGAUCUCCCGACAGGAGUUGCGAUAAGUUCCGUGCCGGGUGCUAUGAUGGAUCUGCCGAGGGACCGCGCGCUGAAUUUCGUGAUAGAUCGUUGUCCUGUUCGCUUGAUAGAUAAGCUAUCGUUGAUAUCUUGUCGUAUAACGUAAACGAACUGGCACGGCGGCAAUCAACGCACGAUGCCGACGCGAUCGCGCAAGCGAACCGUUCCGGUUUUCGUUUUUGCUUUCAGCUGGCGACCCAACAGUAAAAAGAGGCAUCAAGUGCUUUAAUGAACGUGGUUUUAGAGAUUCGCUAGACCUCCGAACAUUUAGGAGAGGCCGGAGUUCGGUCGUUCAAUUUUCGACAAACGUUCCACGGACCGAGUGCACGGAAAACCCAAACGGUUUAAUCAUUGUGAGAUAAAUGAAUUGUUUCUAGGUGAUCCGGCAGUUUCCCGUCCUAGCUGUGGCGCCUUAAUUUAUUACGCGGUGCAGUUCUACUCCAUGGCGGAUAAUAUGCUGGCCAAUCAAUUUUCGGGACGAUAAUAUUAUGCAUUCGUGUAAUGUCGAGAUUGCAUAACAACGAGACAGUGUUUGAUUUCAAGGAAUUUCUCCCCGGGCUUGAGUCGAUUGUACCAAUUGUUAUCGUCGCAAGCAAAUUACAUUCUGAAAAUUAUUCAAUGACCUAACCUGAAUAUGGCGUUUCAAAUGAAAUUAAACAAAAGAUCCAAAAAGUAUACAACAAUGACUUUGGUAAUUUUAAUUUUUACUGUAACACAUUUCGAUUUUCGAAUAUAUGCGCUCGUGUAAUUUAGACAACAACAAAAAAAAAACGAAAUUAAAGAAAAAAAAAACGCCAAAAAUAGACUUAGGUUUUUCUUCCUUGGGUUCAAAGAUUUUAGAUUGGCGCAUUAAUACAUGGGUUUGUUGACGUGGGUAAUUAAAAGAUGUGUUUACAAUAUUUUAGACGGUGUAUACGUAUAUGAAAAAAAAACACAAUACAUUGUGUUCGGGUCGACGAAUCGAAAUCAUCGCAAGAAAGAAAAAUAACGAAAAUACCAUAUCCAGUUGAAGGACAUCAGCAUCGUACAUUGUGUACAACAUAAUAUUACUACACAGUAUAUUAAUAGAUAAACAAUAUAGUCUUUAGAAUUCGGCCUUAGCUAAAAGGUCUAGGACCUUCGACGGUUCGCUAUUUGCUACAUAUCGUGUCAAUGUUAGAGUGUACGACUCGUUAAAAAUAAAUUAAAAUAUUCUGAGAUUAAAGAUCUUGUACGUAGAGAAUUUACAAACGAAAUUCGUCGUAUGCCAAAAUGAUAAACAUACAGUUUGUGGACGAAAACGACUGUAAUAAUGUACAGACUUGUAUACGUGUUUUUAUAAUAUUAUUUUAUACGUAUAUGUAUAAAAAAAUAAAACAAAAUAACACCGUUGAUUGGUGUUACACUGUUUUUAGGAGAGACGUAGGAAAGGAAAAUAUAAUACGGAGUAAUUUUAUUUUUAUCUGUGUCCAAACAUAAACCACAGCUAAUGGAAAACGGUUAUGAGCAGAGUAUCGUUAUUUGUUAUAGUUUUCCUUCGUUACCAGAGUAACCAGGAUAUCAACAAAACGUUUACGAAAAAUUGCCAAUUUUCACAUUAUAACCUAGUUACUAGUUACUAGUAGAUACAUAAUAUAGUUACGAUUGUCGAUAUUAAUUGUGUAAGUAUUAAAUUUAAAUUAAUACUUGCCAAUGUUAAAAAAUAGGAAUCCAAAUAUAAUAGUAGUAUUUAAAGAAUAUUAAAAAUUUCUUGUCGACCGUUUAAAAAAUUAUUGAGUUUCGUUCAAAAUUAAUCAUAAAAUGUGUACCAACUAGAUCAAAAAAUGCCACAGGAGGUUCCUAUAAAAUACUCAAUUAGAAGAAUAUUUCACUUAGUAAAGUUGGUAACACACAGGAAUACAUCAUAUAAAACCAGUACGUUCCCGACGUCACUCAGAAUCUAAAACAGAGUAGUUUAAUUCCUAUACGAAACAUCUAUACCGUGAAAUUAUUUUUAUAGUAUUAAUUAUUGUAUUUAAGAUUCUGAGUGUAGCGAAGAUGCUGUUAUAGUUUUACUAUUAGACGUGAUUUUAACAAAAAAAUAUCACUUUUUUCUUUGUUUUUUUUUUUCUUGGAAACAUUUUUUUGGCUAGUAAAAACACUCGAAAUUUUCGAGAAUUUAGUUUUCCAGAUCCCUGAAAGUUUUGUUUAAAAAUUAAAAACUAGAAAAACUGAACACAAAUAACGGUAUGUCGAUAUCAUUUUUCAUUGAUUUCUGACUCAAUGUUAUACUCCGGUUAGAAUGGUUAAACCACGACUAAUACUUUGGCCGAUUUACUGAGCUUCGUUCAGAUUCGUUAUUUCAAUGGUUUAUCAUUCCUUUCAGUACAUAAACUAAAUUACCCUAUAUUAUUACCUAAUUACCCAAGAUACUAUACUUUCCACUAAACAACAAUGGCGCAACAUGGCAUGAAGUACGUCGGUUUUUUUUUUUGUUCACACAAAUAAUUAUCGUCCGCUUCGAAAUAUUCCAUCAGUACAAUGACCGCAGUCUUUUAUAUUCUGAGUGAAGUGAGAAAUGUAUAGGUUUUACAAUGAUAUUUGUUUAUUUUUUUAAAAGGAAAUCUAACCACGAGGUACUUUAGAAAUGUCGUUUAUUGAUUUUCCGAAAGUUUUCCCAAUUAUUUUGGAGAACCUGGGGAAAAAAACAUGGGAUAACCGGAAAAACGGGAAAAUAGGCACAAUAUUUAGCAAAUAUUAUUAAAGAAAAUUCAUAAUGUUUAAUGUAAUUAUUUUAUUAUAAUAUGACAUAUAUAUAUAUAUUGUUACAAAGAUACACUGGUUAAUUGUUGCAUACAGAUAUACAUUAAAUUUCACCUCUACUACCUUCCCAAAUUCUGACCUAUAACAGUAGCUGCACCCGUUCCCGUUAUCCUAGGACAGCUUAUUUUUUUUUUUUUUUUAAAGACACUUAACAUAUUUAAAUAUAUACGUAAUUUUCAAGCCAUAUAUUUAUGUACGCAACGAGACAUGAUGCACAAAGGUAUACCACGCACUAAGGUGAAACGUAUUAAAUCAUGGCUUAUAAUAUUAUAAAAUAACAGUGAAUAAUAAUUUACGAUGGAACCUUUAUUAAAAUUCCGUCGAUUUAAAUAUUGCAAUAAUUCGUUUUCAGCGAUGUAUUUCAGGUAUUUACGCGUCGUUUGAAACGGGGAAUUUUUAUUUUUUUUUUCAAAUUAUCGGAUAUCAGUAUUUUAAAUCAAAUUAAAAACUAAACAUAAUAUAUACGGUAACUCGCAGGGAUACAGUGUCUACAGACAUUUUUAUUGUUAUAAUUUUUUUAUAAGCAUCAAAACGUCAAGGAAAAUAAAAUAUUUAUCGACGAAAGAACCGUAAAAACAAUAUAAUUACCAAUAAAAACGUCGACGUCGUCGUAUGUAUUCGUAUAAUGUAUUAUGUAUUUUAUAUAAUUAAAUGGUUUUCUUCUCUUUUUAUGUAUCGUUAUUCCGAUCACACACAUUUUAAAUUUUAUUUUAUUUUUUUUGUCUUUGUUUUAUCACUGGAUCACCAUAUCCGACCGUAAAACCAUACGUGUUAGUCUCUGUUAUUAUAUAUACAGAGUGUCCUACGGAGUUCGGACAAGUGCAAUAAUUUGUGUUCUGUAGCAAGAUAUAUGGUAGAAAAGUUGCGCACAGAUAAAAAAAAAUAAUAAUAAACAUCUUUGUAAAACCAUAAGCUCAACCCGGAAUCUAAAAUGUAUUUGCUACAGAAUCCAAGAUCAAGCCGUUUUGUAAAUUUAUUUUGAAACACAUCGUUGGCGUUACAAAUGUUUACUAAUAAAGAGCCGUUAAUUUUCUACGGUUUUUCGAAAUUUAUAAUCUUAAACUCGUUUCACACGGUUCCAGUUAUUGUGCUAUCUCUAAUGUGAUAACUAGUAUACAAGAUUUUAGGUUUGUAUGAAUAGUGUGAUAGUAUACUGAUUAAAGAAACCACGCUAACCAGUAUUAUUAUACGAGUUUUGAUAAUAGAACAUUCCUACUUUCCACACUAUAGUUACUAUCAGAAAUAAUUUGGAACCAUAAUCAGAAUACAGCAAUUUUAUCGAUAUGUAUUACAAUGUUAUCACAACUGUAUCAAACAAUAUUUUAAAAGAAACUAAAUUAAGCACUAUUGCACCUAAGCUCUUAUGUAAUUAAUUAGGUAACGAAAUUUAAUAAAGUCACUAAAAAAUGGCCCUUACUCAACCUUGGUCCAUUUUUUUACCCAUACAUUUCUUUUUUUUUUUUUUUUAAAAAAACGUGUUAAUUAAAAUUAUAUUGUGCCCGAUAAUGUUAGCAGCAAUAGCAAAAAGCUAUUUGUCGAGAAUCCGUGCCAAUACGAAUACUAUACAAGAAAAUACAAAACUAAAUAAAUAAAACUACUACGCUAAAAUACUAUACUACUACAGUAUACAGUAAACAAUAUUCAAUACAGCAUAAAAAAUAGAUUAUAUAAUUAUAUAAUAGUAUACAGAAUCCCAGGGGGAUGAAAAAAAACUGCAAAGCUUCGAGAAGAAAAUAUUAAAGGAAAUAUACGAACCGGUGUACAAUGGUGAUUUGAAAAGAUUCGAAAGAGAAACAAACGAAAACCUGCGGCAGCUGUUUAAUAAGCCGAGUCUACGGCACUUCUUAGUGAGAAAGAGGUUGAAAUGGGCAGGUCACGUCUGGCGAGCCAAGGGAACGAUAAUAAUUAAAAAGGUCACGGAAAGCAAGAUAAUGGGAAAAUACCAAGAAGCAGACCUCGGCAGAGAUAGAAUGAUACAAUAG